GCAGGGCAGAGCCGGAUGCGCCUCCUGGGUGCUCGAGGCCAACCCUCCCAUUUUGCAGAUGGGGAAACUAAGGCUCAGGAGGGCGAGGGUCUCGCCAGGGUCGUACAGCCUGCUCUCCCAGCCCCAGCCCCUCUUGUAACAAAUAGGGAGACUGAGGCCGUCCAGAACGCGCCGGGAGCACCACGGAGGAGAAGCCGCUCGUCACGCCCGCGCGGCCUUCACGUCCCCUCGCUUGCUCGCUCGUCCCACCCACUUCCAGCCCUGACGGGCGAGCGAAAUUCCUACGUUGUGCGCAUGCGGCUCCAGGCCCCGCCCCCCUCCGGUCGCGCGGGAAGUCGGAGGCAGCUGCAGGAAGUGACGCAAGGCCGACCCCGGAGCGGAAGUGACGCUCGCCGCGCCCUUGACGGGCGGGCAAGGCCGGGCCGGGCUGCAGGGGGCGGGGGCGGCGGCAAGAGGCAGAGGAGAGUCCAGACGGCCCGGCUGCCUCCGCUCGCUCGGUCUCGUGGCCGCGCUCGCGCCGCAGGGAGUGUAGGAUGUGAAUGGCUUGCCCUUCGUCGCGCUCUUCUCCCCCAGCGAGGCCUGAUGGCUCAGCGCGUGGUCCUCAGGAGGUUCCUAGCCCCUGUCUUGUUCAGGAAGCUCCCUCGGUGCCGCUGGGGGCCUCUUCCUCCUGAGGUUCUAGCCCAGGGCAGCUCCGGUAGGCCCGCCGCCGCACUCUGUUUGGCCCGGACAUUCUCCACCACCAAGAUCUCCAAGGUUACGUUUAACGUCCAGGAUGGGCCCGACUUUCAGGACAGAGUUGUCAACAGUGACACCCCGGUGGUUGUGGAUUUCCAUGCACAGUGGUGUGGCCCUUGCAAGAUCUUGGGGCCCCGCUUAGAGAAAAUGGUGGCAAAGCAGGAGGGGAAGGUGCUGAUGGCCAAGGUGGACAUUGACGACAACACAGACCUCGCCAUUGAGUAUGAGGUGUCUGCUGUGCCGACGGUGCUGGCCAUCAAGAACGGGGACGUGGUGGACAAGUUUGUGGGCAUCAAGGAUGAAGACCAGCUGGAGGCGUUCCUCAAGAAGCUGAUUGGUUGCUGAGCUGGGCCUGCUUUUGUUUUCCCCUGGGGCCCUCCUAGAAGAACUCUAGUCCUUUCCAUUCCCCACCUGUCUAGCCCCCAUUGGCCCAUCCUGUGUCUGUCUGGGGAAGGGUUCUUCAUCUCCAGCCUUGGGAACAAGGAGCAUUUCUCAGUCACCUGACUGCAGAGGACUGGUCCUUAAGGGAAGUGAUGCUGCUGCUGACUGUGGGAGGGAAAGCUGGGAAUGGGAGCUUGGAGUGUUCUCCUGUACUUGAUUCCCAUCCCCCUUCUCCUAUCCCCCACUGCCAAGCCCACCCUGACCUAGGCCCCAGUCGUGACCAUCUCCAGAGGAGAUUGGAGAGGGACCUGUUUCAGCAGGACUGCUUAAUAGUGGGGUCUCCCUGUUUUGACUGUGAAAUUUUUAUCCUUGUCCUCUGGUCCCUGUGCUUUAUCACAGAGGCUUUAUGACCCUGUGCCUGACCUACUUGCCACAUUCUCUCCUCUGAUGCCAUUUUGUAAAAGAAAAGAGAGUUAUAUAUACGUAUGCAUAUGUAUGUAAAAUUCUCUUGGUGUUUUUUGUAGGUCUGUAAUAAAGAGAGAUUUACUGAUCACUUCUACCUCCUGCUGUGAAGUACAGACCCCAUGAUACACCCUGAAAUUCCCUAGUAACCACCACUGUCUAGGAGAGACUUCCCUCGCUCCCCCUCUGCUUUCCAGCUGCAAGGGGGUGAGAGCAAGAGCUGGCCCUGGGGAGGAGGGGAGGAGCUCCUUAAAGCUCUUUAGUCUGGAAGAACCCUAAAGCCCUGCCUCAGCAUCAGAGUCCUCCAGUUUUAUGAGCCAGAGGUUUAACUGUGGACAAAUUAAACAAAUAAAACCCAGGCUGAGCAGCAGAAACACCUACCAUCCUUCUUGAGAGAUACACUUUAACCCUUUCUUGGGCUGGCCUCUAGUCUUUUCUUAUCUACUUGGUUUCCUACCUUGUUUACAAAGAUAUGUACCUUUUUCCCUCCCCACCCUCGGCUUUUUCAUUAAAUUGAGACUAGCCCACC